AUGACUUCGUACGCCCCCUCCCGUCUAAAGCUUUCCAGAGUUAGCACCUGUUACUGACGACUCCUUUCCACUGAUCCAGUUCCAAUACUCUUCAUGUAAAGUCGUCCUUGCCCUAUGAGCUGCACAGAGUCAAAGGCCCACAGCCAAGCAAAUACUUAUGUUUCCCUCAAAGGUUCCGUUUCGAAAGUCAGCCCCGCUCCAACUAUCUACUGCCGUCAGGCAGUAUAUCUCCACUAAAUAUGAUCAGCACCCAGACAUGUUUACCACCGACUUGGCGGCGAUAGACAAGCUUAGGAAUGAUGCUAUCAAUGUGCAGGAGGCGCAUGUGAGUGGGGUUAUGAAGAUCUCGGCUUAUGCAGCGCAGUUGCAGUGGAUUAGCGGGAAGUUUCCGAUAGAUGUAUGUGUGCCGGACCGGCUUUCGGGAGGAAUUAUGGGGGCGGGGUCGGAUGUGCUGAUAGCUGGGGACAUAGAUUGGGGCGGAUUUUACUUGGUACCCGGCACUGGGAUAUAAUACACAACGUCCAGGUGAGGGAAUCGUGCUGGUAUGCGCGACUGCUUCUGGUAUAACUGACUUUCAGAUAGUGACCCAAAAUAAUUUACAAUUCGAGCGUGCAAACGUCCUCUACAAUCUCGGGUCUCUUUACUCCCAGUUAGCAUCCUCCUCGCCACGGACAGCCCAAGGUCUCAAAACAGCAUGCAACUACUUUUGCGCAGCCGCUGGCGUUUUCACCUAUCUCAAGAAGGGGGUUCUCCCAGAGCUCCGCAGCACUCCACCCGAGGACAUGGAUGAAGGCACUUUGGAGUCUUUGGAGAUGCUGAUGCUCGCCCAAGCGCAGGAGUGCUUUUGGCUAAAAGCGGUGGUGGAUGAGCAUAAAGAUAGUUUGGUUGCUAAGCUGGCGACAAUGGUCAGCGAUUUUUAUGACCUGGCUGGCGAAUUUGGGAAGAAGAGCGAUUCAAUCUCCUCGGAGUGGAUGCAUCACUUGUCGGCCAAACAUCAUCAUUUUGCUGCAGCAGCACAGUAUAGAGCUGCUUGCGACUGCCUUGAAAGGUCGCUUUACGGGGAGGAAGUAGCUCGGCUGAAGGACUCCUUGGAUGCAGUUAACGAAGCGCUAAGGGAAGCGCGAUAUCUUAACAAAAUCGUUCUUGGUGAUUUGCAAGGGCUUAAGGCGAAAGUCACUGAAACGCUGAAGGGUGCAGAGAAGGAUAAUGAUCUGCUCUAUUUCCAAACUGUCCCACCGGCUUCUGAGCUGCCCAAGAUACCCAGGGCACCAAUGGUAGAGCCUAGGAUUCCGAAAGAAAUCUCGGGGGCUACUGGUUUACUCUCUGAAGGGGGCGCUUAUGGGCCGCCACUGUUUUCAAAACUCGUCCCAUUUGCGGUGCAUCAGGCUGCAAGUAUAUAUGCUGAGAGGAGAGACCGAUUAAUUAACAAUGUCCUUGCAGACAAGUUAGAGUCUCUAACCAACAAGUUACAUGAGUAAGCCUUUACCACCUCAAUUCUAAUUCAAACUGACUAGGGUUGACAUUAAACACCCAGACUCCUCCGAUCCCUCAACCUCCCAGGCUCCCUUCAGGCCCUAGAGAAACCACUGGGACUUCCACCUGGACUUAUGUCCCAUGCAGAAGAAAUAAAGCAGCAAGGUGGAGUCGCGACGUUGUUGAGGUCGAUGGAUGAUAUUUCAAAAUUGAAGGCCAAUGAUAAUGCCAUGUACCAGGAGGUUCUCUAUUCUCACCCCUAGCUUACAAGCUCAGUGCUAACUAACUUAGGCUGUCGAGAUGCUAGACACCGAGGCAGCCGAGGACGAAAGGGCUAGAGGCAAGCAUGGCACUGACCGGUGGCACCGUGAGCCUUCCAGCCAGGCAGCGAGCAAACUCAUUGCAUCAGUCCAAGAGUAUGCCGGUAUUCUCAAAAGCGCAGACAAUUCGGAUGGCCUGGUCAGGGUUAAGCUCAACGAGUGUGAGAAGAGUUUAAGGCUAUUAGGUGGAGACAUUGUAAGUAUUAUGCAUGUCUUAGCUCAAAUGUGCAUUAAACUUGACUAACCAUACCAUUACAGCACUCCCUCCAGGACUUCGUCCCGAACUCCUCGAGAGCAUCUUUAACCCCCAAAAUGGAACGUGAAGUCGCAAAACUCCGCCAAUGCCUUAACGAAAUCUCCCGCCUAGAAUCCCGCAGAAGGCGCAAAAUUGAGAGCCUUCGGGAAAAGGCCAAGGCCGACGACAUUAGUAAACCCAGCCUCCACCCCCCCGCGUCCUCACUCGCUAACAACCCCCCUAGCAAACGCUAUUCUAGCCGAAGCCGCCCGCCUAGAACGCGAAAGUCCCCUCCAAAAGCUUGAACCUGUCCACUUCGAGCCCCUCUUCGAAUCCCGCCUUGCAGCAAAAUAUGACGGCGAGAAUACCCUGCUAAAUGAGGAAGCGGAAGUGCAAAAGGACAUCAUAUCCCGCACCCAGGAAGCUAACGCCUCUUUCUCUGCCUGUAGGAAGGUGGACUCUUCACUGAAGGAACGAGAGCAGGCGCUGCAAACCCUCGAGAACGCGCAUAGCAAGUAUCGUGAGAUACUGGAUAACUUAAAUGCGGGGAGGAAGUUUUACAAUGACUUAGCAAAAUUGCUCGCGAGGUUCCGGGAUGAGUGUAAGGAUUUUGUGUACCAGAGGAGGAUGGAGGCGGGGCAAUUUGAAGUGUAAGUUUUGCCAUCCAUCCAUUCUUUGCAUAGGGAGAUGGGGAAAAUACUAACUAGAAGAGGGGGGGGGGGUUAUAGUGAAAUUACAAACGCGAUGCAGAGCGUUCGGCUUUCGCAGACCCCGAUUCUACAGCCGACCACACAAAAUCGUCACCACAAUCACCCACCCCCACUGCAGCAGAAGCCACAACAAGCGCAACAGCAGAUGCCGCCGCAACCACCACUACUUCCGAGUGUAGUACAGCAUCAACAGAGGCAGCUUGCGUCCGGAACACCUUUGCCAGCGCCGGUGCCCACUCGUGCCGCCAUACCGCCGCCGUCACCGGGGCUGUGGAAGGGUGACGCCACGACUGCUAUCAGGUUUGCGGGGGAGCCGUCAAAGCGUUGAUUGAUUGAUCGGUUGAUUGAUUGACUGGGAGUUGUGGGUUGGGCUGGGUUACGGCGGAUUGGCCUGUGUUUGAUAGCUGUUUGAAUAUACGAAAUACGUUUUACACCUU